CAACUUUCCUCCUUCAUCUCUUGUUUCUUGCAGGAUUUAUGAGAAUCUAUGUUGUUGGUCAGUUAAGAAUUGAGAUAGAGAUCACAAACAUAAACAUGUCCUCCUUAUGGUCUCUUGGAGUUGGGCUUGGGACCAUUAUUCCUGCCUCUACAGGUCAUAAUAACAAUAAGUGGAGAAGGCACAGUAAUACUCACUUCCUCAUUGUGCUUCAUUGUUCCACCACCACUCGGAGAAGCUCUCCUCCUCUCAUUUCCUGCUCCUCCUCCUCCUCAUCAUCAUCGUCAAACAAUCACAACUCAUUGCCCAAACAAACCUCUCCUCAGCAGUUGGGUUAUGAUCCUUCAGCGGACUUACUUGGAAUCCAGGUCAAUCCAAAGCCAAGGAAUGAUAUAUCCUCCGAUCCACCAAAACCAAGGUCUUGGUUUGGUCCGAGUGGUCAGUAUAUCAGAGAGCUUCCCUGCCCAAGUUGUAGAGGAAGGGGUUAUACUCCAUGCUCUGAGUGUGGAAUUGACAGAUUCAGAUUAGAUUGUUCACUCUGUAAUGGAAAGGGUAUGAUGACUUGUCGUCAAUGCUUGGGUGAUUGUGUCAUAUGGGAAGAGUCAAUUGACGAGCGACCAUGGGAAAAAGCCCGCUCAAUUUCUCCAUUCAAGGUGAAGGAGGACGAUGAUGUAGACAAUUUGGAAAUAGAGCUGGCGAAGAAAAAAUCAAAGCGUGUUUACCAAUCACUGUCUCCUGAAGUUGGACUGAAGAUUAGUAGAUCACUAAAAAGUCUCAAUGCGAAAACUGGACUAUUUAGUAAAAGAAUGAAGAUCAUCCAUCGUGAUCCUAUGCUUCAUGCACAACGAGUGGCUGCAAUCAAGAAAGCAAAAGGAACUGCUGCGGCAAGAAAACGAGCUUCUGAAACUUUGAAAGCUUUCUUUAGUGAUCCCGAGAACCGUAAAAAACGGAGCAUUGCCAUGAAAGGAGUGAAAUUUUACUGUUCCAAUUGUGGACGUGAAGGGCACAGGAAACACUACUGUCCAGAACUCAAGGAUAGCUUGGUAGAUAGGCGGUUUAAGUGUCGGCUUUGUGGAAAAAAGGGACACAACAGAAGAACCUGUCCAAAGUCAAGAAUGAGCAAUCAUAAAGGCAAAGUUACAUGGCAUCAUCGCUGCAGGAUAUGUCGUCAAGGAGGCCACAAUCGCAGGUCCUGCCCUCAAGUGGUUGGGAUAAAAUUUGGUGGCAGCGAUACAUUCAAAGGUUUUAUGGUUUCUGGAAGCAGAAAAUACACUUGUCGAUUGUGUCGAGAAAAGGGCCACAAUGCGAGGACAUGUCCUAGCAGAAACACAAGGCCUGCAAUGCUUAGUCCUCCACGUGAAUAGGAAGCCACCAGCCUUUCUGGUGAAUUAUUGCUUCUUCCUAUUAUUUUAUGUUUAAGUGAUCGAAACUCCAAAAAAAAAAAAAAUUGUGAUGGUGCUCUGUAUAACGAUUACGAGGACACAUCUAUCCCUCUGUAAAAUACUAAAUGUGUAAGGAAUCUAUUAUUUCUUAA